AUGUCCCUCUCGCACACGGCUGCCGAGUACAUGCUCUCCGAUGCUCUGCUCCCGGAUCCCAGCAGUUCCCGAGCCAAGGGCUUGCGGCUGGAGCUGCCGAGCGAUCGCCUGCUGAAGUUCGUCACCGUGGGGCUGCCCCUCUUCCUCGUCUCGCUGGCUUUUGCCCGGGAGUUCUCUGCUGGCUCCCAGAUCAGCUGCUUCUCUCCCACCAACUUCACGGGGAAGCAGUCCGCCUACACCGACACGGCUUGCUGGGACUCCCUCAUCCACCAUGGCUUCGACGCCGAGGGACGUGCCAUCACCAAGUCCCUCUGGGCUCUCAAGGUCUUCCCCUACUCGCUGCUGGUGGUGGCGGUGCUGAUGUACCUGCCGUACCUGCUGUGGCGUUAUGCUGCCGCCCCUGCCCUGCACUGUGACCUCCUCUUCAUCAUCGACGAGCUGGAUAAAUCCUACAACCGCUCCGUGCGCCUGGUGCAGCACAUGAAGAAGGUCCAGCAGGCCAGUGCCGAGCCGGAGCAGUUCUGGGAGGAGUACGAGAGGGCCCGCCGGGAGAGGUAUUUUGAGUUCCCGUUGCUGGAGCGGUACCUGACCUGCAAGCAGCACGCCCACGCCCUGGUGUUCAUCUACAUCCUGAGGAACCUGCUGCUGCUCCUGUUCUUGGCUGCCACCUGCCUUUACCUGGUCUUUCUCCACCUUAACAUCUUCUUCCAGGAUGAGUUCAGCUGCUCCAUCAAAACGGGGUUGCUCCAGGCGGAGCCGCACAUCCCGUCGCUCAUCCCUUGCAAGCUGGUCUUCUUCUCCGUGUUCCAGCUCAUCAGCCUCUCAGUUGGCAGUGUCUACAUCCUCCUCAUCCCCGUUGUCAUCUACAAUGCCCUGCAGCUCUGCCAGUGGGACAAGGGGCUGCUCUCUGUCUAUGAGAUGCUGCCUGCUUUCGACCUGCUCAGUCGCAGGAUGCUCACCUGCCCCCUCAAUGACCUCAACGUCAUCCUUCUCUUCCUCCGCACCAACAUCUCAGAGCUGACCUCCUUCAGCCGCCUCAAUGCCGUCAGCGCCCUGAGGGAAGCCACUGCCAACAAGGAGGACAUCGAUACUGUCAUCGACUUCAUGACACUGCUGGCUGGGCUGGAGACCACCAAGCCCAAACACCAGGCUUGCCCCCCCGAGGCUGAAGGCAGUACAGCCCUCUCCAAUGGUGCAGCCCUAGAACCAAAGCCUGGAGUGGAAACGAUGGGAAAAGCCUCACGGGACUCACUCGGCUCUGCCUGACCCAGAAGGAGGCAGCAGGCAGGGAUCCUGUCAUCCCAGGAUUCACUUUUCUGACACAGCUUUACUGCAGCAGCCAGGCUGGACCCACCUGUGCUUCCUGCACUUGGAUUUUCCCUUCUUAUGUACAUUUGUCCAGCAAAAAAGGGUUAAACAAUCAAUAUUUUGUGCAGAAUCUCUUUG